CGAUAAUCUCGGAGGAAGAAAGUUUUAGAGGAUUUAGAGGAAUCAAAACGUGAUGAUAAUUGCCGUCCAUCGUCCAUCCAUCUUCCAACCGCUUUAAGGGCAGCACAGAUCUAUCCGCUCUCAGAGCCGUGUAAGACAUAAUGCGCCGGUAGGUCGCGCGCCAUAGUAACUGACUGCCGAGAACAGCGUGUCUUUGGAUAACGUGAAAAACGAGAACACCCAGGGGGGCCCAGGCAAGGAGGUGGGAGACGAGCAGCGGCAGGCUCUGGGUGCUGCUCUCACACUCAGCUGCGACAUCCUGCGGGUCGGAGAUGCGCUCGGUAGCCUGACUGACCGAGCCGCUUCGGGGGCGGAGAUACAACGAGGGACACGCAGUGCGGGAAGAACCUCACAGCUUCGUGCCGAGUGGCUCUUCGGACGAUGUGAGCACGAUGGCCGAGACAAGCGCCGACUGGGUGGAGAUCCUGGAGCCGCGGUCCCGGCGCCGCAUGUAUGUCAACCUGACGACGGGUGAGUGCGGCUGGGAGCCCCCCCGUGGUGCCACUCCUCGGCCCGCUGAUGGCCACCAAUGGUGGGAGCUGUUCGACGGUGGGAGCAGCCGCUUCUACUACCACAACCCGGCGAGCCGGCGCACCGUGUGGCACAGGCCGCGCGGCUCCGACAUCGUGCCCCUCGCGCGCCUGCAGGCCGCCAAACGCAGCUCUGAGGUUGGCCUGCAUGGACGGGGCUUUGCAGGGGGCGGGGCCACCGGCAUGGCCGUGGAAGGACGUCGCAAGUCCCUGCCUGGAAAUGGACCUUACGCCGUGCCCCCCCUUCAAGACCUCGACAGCAACCGGGGGAGGGAGACUCCUGCCGGGGGCCCAGCAGAUGGGACAGGCAGCAGGAAAGACACCCUGAGAGAAGCGUCCCAGCGUUGGCAUCCCACCCCUGGCUCCAAGGCCACCAUGCUGGUAAAGGUGCACAGCAUGGGCCCCACCCGGCUUUCCGGUCACACUAGUGCCCCCGCGCUGCACCAGCGCCGCAGCAGCAGCAGCGUUGCAGUAGGCUCCAUCGGCGGCCCCUUGGCUGUGCCCUACCCCGUGGCCCCGGCCAGCAGGGCCCCCUCGCCCGCCGACGCCCGCCAUGCCCUGCGGUUCCUCACAGUGGAUGGCGGGUCCAGCCUCCGCCCGCCAACGCCCGGCCUCAGCACCAGCUCUCCGGCCAGCCCCAGCCUCCAGAUCCCCCUACCGCCCUCGCCGCGACCCGGGACCGAGGCCCCGUCCUCAUACGACGACCCCCCAGAGGACUUGCCCGUCUAUGAUGAGCCACCGGCUGACAUGGAGGUGGAGGGGGCCACUCCCACAUUCCUGGGCCCCUCAUCAAAGACUGGCACUGGGCACCGUGCCAGGAGCCCCUCCACUGCAGACUACAGCCCUGCCGGGAGGGCCUGCAUCCGGCACAUGGUCAACGUGGAGCUGGCCGGUCCCCGCCAGAGCUCGCUGCCCCGAGGCCCGUCUGUCAGGGGCUCCGCCCCGCCGCCCGUACCAGGUCCGACGGGGUCCAGGGGAGCUUCCUCAGAGGGGCCGCAGUCCUGGAAGGCGGGGCCCCCCAGGAGUACCGAGGGCCGGCACAACCGGCAAGGCAGCCUGGCCUUGCAGGAGCGCCCCCCAGGGGUGGGCCUCAGCUACCAGGACUCUGGUUACUCUACGGGGCCCUCUCCUGGCCAGCGGAGGAAGAGCCGACGGCGGCCACCAACAGGGCAGGGCUGGGGGGGCUCGAUCGGUGGGGGGGACCUCGGCGCCCUGAACGACAGACUGGUGGCAGAGAUGCGGGCACGCUCGAGCUGUCUGGGCCCUGGGGCCCCUGUGGUGCCCCCCCCACCCCGCUCCCCACCCCGCUCCCUACACGGGCUCACCGCGGGCCCCUCUCCAGAGGAUGGCGCAGUCGGCCCUCCAGGCUCACUGGCUCGUCGUCACUGCGACGUGUCCCCCACCCCCACUGCCACUGCUGAUGGUGCAGGUGGGCACAAACGCACGUAUGAGAAGGUGGACACCCUGGAGAAGGGCACCAACAGCCAGAGCAGCCUGUGCUCGCCGGAGAGCCCCAGCGGGCCUACUCAGGCUCCUGCGGAGUCUCCGGGACCCUUGGAGACGUCAGGAAGGGCGGGCGCGAGCUCCAGCAGGACAGAGCCCCUCAAAAAUGGCCGGCGGGGAGGAGCAAGUGCUGGCCCGGGGACGUACCCCCCAGCCUGUCCUGCUGUGCCCCCGCCCCCCGACACUAGCAUGACCGACUGGGCCACCAAGCACCUGAACAUGCAGAAGCGUGGGCUGUUCCGGAGGCGCGUCUCCCUGGGCAGCCUGCUGUCCUGGAGCGGGGCCCCUCUGCGGGCACCCAUGCUCAUCACCAGCGACCGCACCAUCAAGCGUGAGGCCUGCGAGAUCUUCCGCCUGGUACAGGCCUACAUGGGUGACCGGCCUGCCCGCCUGGACCGCCGCCAUGCUGCCCUGCUGGUGGUCUCCAAGUGCUGGGUGCUGCCCGGGCUGCGGGACGAGCUCUACGUGCAGCUGGUGCGCCAGACCACCCACAACCAGCGGCCGAGCAGCCUGGCGGCGGGCUGGGAGCUCAUGGCCAUCAGCCUGGGCUUCUUCGCACCCUCGCCCAAGUUCCGCCGCUACCUGGAGGGCUACAUCCAGCGCCACCUCGAGCCCGAAUCGGAGGGAGGCGCCGAUUACGCAGUUGAGCAGCAGGACAUGAAGAACAAAAAGAAUUCAAAGUCCAGGAAGAAGAGGAGACAGAAUGUGGAAGAGGGGGAGGAGAGCCUGCCCAUCAGCACAUAUGCAAAGUAUUGUUACCGCAAGCUACAGAAAGUCGUCAUCACUGGGGGCAAAAAGGGUCUGCGCAAGCCCACGCUGGAGGAGAUCGAGCACAGCAGGAAGGCCAUCGUGACGCCCUCGCUGUUCGGCAGCUCCCUGGAGGAGGUGAUGGAGCGCCAGCAAGAGCUCUUCCCUGACCGGCGGCUGCCCUGGGUACAGGUGCAGCUCUCCCAGUACGUGCUGGCGCUGGGGGGCACUCACACGGAGGGCAUCUUCAGGAUCCCUGGAGACAUCGAUGAGGUGAACGCCCUACAGAUCCAGGUAGACCAGUGGAGGACACCCGAAAACCUCUCAGAUCCCAAUGUCCCAGCCUCCCUGCUGAAGCUGUGGUACCGCGAGCUGGAGGAGCCCCUCAUCCCCCCUGCCUUCUACCGGCAGUGCGUCGCUAACUGCGAGGACGCUGAAGUGGCCGUCGGCGUGGUGCAGGCACUGCCUGAGCUCAACCGCCUGGUUCUCUGCUACUUCAUCCACUUCCUACAGAUUUUUGCCCAGCCAGCCAACGUGAGCAGGACCAAGAUGGAUGUGAACAACCUGGCCAUGGUGAUGGCGCCCAACUGUCUGCGGUGCCAGUCCGAGGACCCGCGGGUCAUCUUCGAGAACACGCGCAAGGAGAUGGCCUUUCUGAGGCUGCUCAUUGUCCACCUGGACACCAGCUUCAUCAAGGGGGUGGUGUGACCGGGGGCGGGGGGGAGCUGCUUCUGUCUCCCGUUGCCAUAACACCCCUCCUCCCAAUCAGAAUGAGCUAUAAGCAAAGUACAUCCUCAGCACCACACAAACAGUUCUGAAGAUCCAGUGGGUCUCAGAAGGGCAUCUCUGCCGCUCCAGGGUGGGCUGGAGAGCCCCGCCCCUUUUCCCAGAUUGUUCGUAUGUUUGUUACUUCAGAACUCAAUAGGUAUCCAUACAUAUGUAAAAGUGGCAUUAAAGAAUAUCUUAUUAAUUUCAUAUUAAUAAGCAUAUAAAUUUCUAUAUGGGGAAAAGUCUUUGUUGAAUUCACGUUUUGAAAUGUAUAUUAAACGCAAGUCUACUGCAAUGACAGCCUCUUACCACGUCUGUGUCAUGCUUCUCAACCAGAUUACAUUUCUUAAUUAGCUUGUCUUCCCAUCUAAAAUAGUCUGUCUGAAGUUUUAACUGAGAAAGUACUUAAACACAGCAUCUGACAAAACAAAAACGAGUCGAAGUGAUAACUAUUUUAGUACAAUCUAACGUAUUCCCAAAAAAAAAAAAAUCACAUUUCUCACCUGCUAAUUAUUCCAUAUUUCCCGGUUUGGACAUUUCUCAUUGCAGAACUUUCACAUGAAUGGCUGUGUGAAUGUUUUUAGAUUUCGGGCUUUGCUACCCAAGCCCAUUUCGUUAACAUGGUAAAUAUUUUAUACUUACAAAUUAUACUUCUUGAAGGUACUUUUACGUUUGAAGAUAUUAGAACGGACCUCUCCACUGCUCUUUUGUACUGAAACCAACUCCUCUUAAAAACGCGGCUUAAAAAAGCGACGCGGAUUUCAGAUAUAUUUUAAGCUGCCUGCGAUCCUGGUCUUUUGGCCUAUAGAUCUCUCACUCCACAAUCAUCUCCUGACAGACAUGUUAACCAUCUUUAUCUCCAUAAGAGGCAUGCUAAUGUUUUACCCAAAAAAGCAGCUGUUGUAAACGUACCGAGCCCCUUGGGUAUCAUGGUGGGAAAAAUAUUAUCUCGUAGUAAUUUGUGCUGUCGAAUUUGUAAUUCGUGUUCUUGGUUAAUGAUUGUUACUCUCCGAUUGGUGAUUAAUUAGAAGGAACAAAUUGCGAACUCAAGAGCACGAGAUCAUAUUCUUUUCUACCAUGACACCUAAGUGGCAUCGUAGGAGCGUAAUCAUCGAUGCAUUGAAUGUUUUGCGGAAAAGCCGCGGAUCUGGGAGCCGGUCAUGCUGACACUGGUGAUGAGAAGUUUCACAGACGUGGUGUGUCCUCGUCUUCCUCUUAUUUUAAUGUAAUUGUUACAAAAAGGAUGUAAUCACUCUUUUGUACUUGUCGUGCUUGUAUGAAAUGGCUGUUUCUAAUGUUUAAUCGGAAUGAACCAGCACCGCCUGCUCUCUGUAAAUGCGCCGCUUAGGUGUCCGCCUGGUAUGUGAGGAACUCGACACGCAUGUAAAAGUCGAUCGCUAUUUCGGUGCACCCUGUUCCCUACAGUUUCAUAAAAGUUGAAAGAAUAAACCUUUAAAACUGA